AUGUCUCACCCAGCCUAUCAAGUAAUCAUAACACCUGAUGAGGACAAACAAACGGCCUCGAAACGACGUGCUAUCUACCUCCGCCCAUUCCUUCUAUUCUGGCUCAACUCCCUCAUCUUCGAAGUCGCAAUGCUCAUCGUCAGCAUAGUCGCCUUCUCAGGAUGGCGCGACAUGUUCCCAAAGUUCAUGUGGACCAUCGUCUUCUGCCCUCUAGGCAUGGGUGGCGCGAUGGGAGGCCUCAUCAACGCCUUCAUCGUCGAUCGCAUCUACGGCAUGCGAGCUGUUCAUUUCGUCGCGAUUCUGAGCGUCUUAGUUUUGGGAGCGUGUAACAUCUUGUGCUACAACUUGGACCUCAUGCUGGGAUGGUUCGGUGCCCAGAGCCAUUUCUGGUGGUGGCACUGGCGGUAUUUAGGGGCUUGGUUUGUUGGGUAUGUUAAUGGCAAGAUGAUGUUCACGGAUGAAGGGCAAGAGUCACUUGCUGGGUGGGGUGUUUGA